AUGGAACAGGAACUAUUAACUGUGGUGAACAACGAAAUUCAACAAGCAGUUCAAAAUGCGUUAACUUAUUUAUCGACUCAUCAACUUCUAUUAAAUCAACUAUCGGAUUCACCACGAUGCCGAUCAUUGAGUAGCAGCCCACAAACGCCUUUUCACAAAACGAUUUCACGUUGUUCGGAUCCGUUGAUCAACAACGAGUUCGUUCAAUAUGAACCGCUGUCUUUGCCGAACAAUCAGAAAACUAAAAGAUUAGCUGAUAUUCAAUAUUCUUUCAGUUUAUAUCAACCAUUCUUCACGAAAGCACAUGAUCAACAACAGCAACAUCUGACGGGAAUACGAAGCUUUGCUGAUGAACUAGUUGAACAAUCGAUCGAAUCUGCUUUAUAUCAGAUCCAGGAAGACGAACCAGCGUGUUCGUCCGAAACUCUUCAAACGCUCAAUUUAUAUCUCGGUGAUAUGGUAUCUUCUCUUAUCCAACAAAUGAUAACAUCGAUUCAUUCGUCAGACGUUGAAAACUUGUCCAAUCAAAUAACAAAAGAUAUCAUGGGCUCAGCUCUAUCAACCGUGACCAACGAAACAACAUCCGAAUGUGAAGACAACGAUGAAUCUGUCGAUUCUCUUGUAGAUAAUCUUACUGAACGAAUCUAUACAGAUUCGACAGAAAAGCUCAAAAAAAUAUUCAUGACCAAGAACGAUACGGAUUGGAUGUGA